AUGUGGCAGUCUUGUAGCAGUGUCAACGGCAAACCACCGGCUGAGAAACCGGCUCAACACAGGUGGCUCAAGCGGUUGGUCUUGACUGUGGUGAUGAAUGGGUUGAGCAACCAGGAGGUCGAAACCCUCCGGGCGCAGCAUGGUUUCAACGAGGUUAAGACUAACCAGACCCCCGAGUGGAAGAAGAUCCUGUGGCGCUACCUGGACUGGGUGUCUAUCAUCAUUUUCGUCGCGGCUAUCAUAAGCGCAACGGUCGAAGUGGAGGGGGGCCGGGGGUGGACCAGUUUUGUGCUGCUAAUUCUGGAGCUGAACCUGAUUGUUUGGGUGGGGUACUAUUCGGAGCGGAAUGCAGGCAACGCGGUCAAAGAACUAGAGGCACUCACUGUGCCGAUGGCCCAGGCGAAGCGGGAGGGCAAGUGGCAGCAGGUCCCCGCCCGGGAGCUCCUCCCGGGUGACAUCAUCGCGCUCAAGGGGGGUGACGUCAUCCCUGCUGAUGCACAGUUGGUGGGCGUCGGAGAGCCUCUUCUGGUCGACGAGUCGUCUCUCACCGGAGAGUCCCUUCCGGUGACGCGAAAGCCUGGCGAUCAGGUUUUGGCGGGUGCGACGGUAACGCAGGGCGAACUGGAGGCGCAGGUCACUGCUACCGGCGCCGAUUCGUUCUUUGGGAAGACGAUCGCUCUCUUGGGGGCACCCGAAGAGAGAGGCCAUCUGCAAACGGUCCUGAACCAGGUUUCGAUCGCUGUCGCGGUGAUUUCCUUCUUCGCGGUGCUCGUGAUCGUCAUAGUCCUCCUCGUGGACCAGGACGCGUCCCCCAGCUACGCUGUCGUCACCGCUUUCGUCAUCUUCGUCGCGGCGGUCCCCGUCGGCAUGCCGGUUGUCACCACCACGGUGCUCGCAUUCGGCGCGCGCGAGAUGGCCGCAGAGCGCGCUAUCGUCACCAGGCUUUCCGCUCUGGAGGAGCUUUCCGGCAUGGAGGUUCUGGCCAGCGACAAGACCGGAACGCUAACCCUGAACCGGCUGACCCUCGACAAGGACGACAUUCUGGCGUGGGGGGCCAGCUCCAAAGAUGACGUACUGCUGACGGCAUCCCUGUCGGCGAAGUGGGACCAUAAUGACGCCAUCGAUAAAGCCGUAACUGAAGCGAUGGGCGGAGAUGCUAAGAUCUGUUUUCAGCGACUCACGUUUGGACGCAAUCGAGGCACCUGA